AUGGAGUGCACCGGCCGAGAAGCAGAGCCCAUAGCCAAGGGUACUUGGCCCACGAUCAAGCAAUCCUUCGGCGACUUGUUCAAGUGGGAGCAAAGAGUUCAGAUCACCAACGAAUAUGGCGAGUCCAGGACCGAGUGGAUGAAACCAAAGCCUCUUCGUAAUCCCAUCUCCCUGCUGGCACAACUUACACCAUCGGCAUGGCUAUAUUUCAUCGUCGGCUUCGCAUCCUGGUCGGCGGAUGCUUUCGACUUCCACGCUCUCAGUAUCCAGUCCACGAAGCUGGCGAAGUACUACAAUACCGAUAACACCCAGAUCAGCACCGCCAUUACUCUGACGCUCCUACUGCGCUCAGUCGGUGCAGCCUUCUUUGGUCUGGCUGGUGAUCGAUAUGGCCGCAAAUGGCCCAUGGUCAUCAACAUGCUUGUGCUGGGUCUCUUACAAAUCGCCACCAUCUACGCCGGUACGUUUCAGCAGUUCUUGGCUGUACGAAGCUUGUUUGGUCUGUUUAUGGGGGGUGUGUAUGGUAAUGCUGUAGCCAUGGCCCUCGAGAACUGUCCUAUUGAAGCUAGAGGUCUCAUGUCUGGUAUCUUGCAACAAGGCUACUCCUUCGGCUACGUCUGCGCAGCCUGUGCCAACCUCGGUGUCGGUGGUGCCACAAACACCUGGAAGACCGUCUUCUGGAUCGCCGCUGGUCUGUCUAUUGGCGUUGGUCUCAUCCGCGUUGCUUUCCCAGAGUCCAGCCAAUUCCGCGAACGCAAGGCCUCCGAGCAGAAGAGCGUCACGCCUGGCGAGUUCUGGCGAGAGACGAAGGUCAUGCUGGCGAAAGAGUGGAAGAUGUGUAUCUAUGCUAUCAUCCUCAUGACUUGGUUCAACUACUACUCGCACACAAGCCAAGAUAGCUAUACUACUUUCAUGAAGACUCAGAAAGAGAUGGGCAACCACGACGCUUCCAUAGCUAGCAUCCUAAUGAAGACUGGAGCCUGCGUCGGCGGCACCAUCAUCGGCUAUCUCUCUCAAUGGGUCGGUCGUCGACGAGCAAUGGUCGGCGCAGCCCUCAUCAGCGCCUUCAUCAUCCCUGGCUGGAUCCUGCCGACCAGCCUUGGCAGUCUAUCUGCUUCUGGCUUCAUGCUGCAGUUCUUCGUGCAAGGCGCCUGGGGCGUCAUCCCUAUCCAUCUUAACGAGCUGUCCCCUCCCGCCUUCAGGUCCUCGUUCCCAGGCAUCACCUACCAACUUGGCAACAUGAUCUCCUCGCCUAGCGCGCAGAUUGUGAACGCGCUUGCGGAGUCGCAUCUCAUCACAGUCGCGGAUGGCAAGCGUGUUCCAGCCUACGGUCCUGUCAUGGGUGUAGCAACCGCUAUCAUUGCCAUGGGUAUUGCGAUCACCGCGGCCAUCGGACCAGAGAAGCGCGGUUCCAAGUUUGAGAGCGUAGUGAUUGGCCAGCAGACGGCUGCUAUGCAUGCUCAAGACAAGAUUGCCGAUAUCGAAAAGGGCGACGAUGUCGUUGAAAUGGAGAAUGUUACUGGCAAGAAAUGA